CUGUUUAGCACCCAAAGCGGAUCAGCCAAUCAGACAGUCGGCGAGAGCUGUGGGUGGUUCCGAGUCGCUUCUGGAAGCGGCUUUAAAAGUAGGGCUAUCGCUGUGGCGUUGGAAGGAGGCGUAGCAGUCAUUUUAAGGGAGAAACGGCUUUAAAUUUAAUUCCCGAAGGAGCCGGUAAGCGACCCUACGGUCAAAUGUGCUGCUUUUACAGUCGCACUAUUUGGAUCCGCCAAUACUAUUUUAGCGGUUCGUCAUCUUAAAGUUGGGCAUCCGGCAUAGUGGCGAUGAAAGGUGAAGUCACUGGCCGACAUCUUCAUUAACGGCUGUCCUAGACCACGUGACAUCUUGACACUCUCUCCGCCUAUUGGUUGGUCCAGUGAGCGUGCGCUUCCUGACUGACCAAUCGCCUUGCAACUCCUAGCCACUGUUUCCCCAUCUUAACGUUGGGCAUUCUCGACCGCUGCUACGUUUAGUGAAGCCUCUAACGACCUUCUUGGUUGAGGGCGGAAGCGAGGACUGCGUUGCGCAGGCAGCGCCUGCAGAUUUUCCUGGACCCACGUGGAAGCGGCGUUCAGGAUGCUGCGCCGUGAGGCCCGCCUGCGCCGCGAAUACCUGUACCGCAAAGCCCGGGAGGAGGCGCAGCGCGUCGCCCACGAGAGGAAGGAGAAGGUGCGGCGCGCUCUCGAAGAGAACCGCCUGAUCCCUACGGAGUUACGCAGGGAGGCUCUGGCCUUACAGGGGUCCCUGGAAUUUGACGACGCUGGCGGUGAAGGUGUGACCAACCACGUGGAUGACGAGUAUCGAUGGGCAGGGGUUGAGGAUCCCAAAGUCAUGAUCACUACCUCCCGAGACCCGAGUUCCCGCCUCAAGAUGUUUGCAAAGGAGCUGAAGUUGGUGUUCCCAGGCGCCCAGCGCAUGAACCGUGGCCGCCAUGAGGUGGGGGCGCUGGUGCGAGCCUGCAAAGCCAACGGGGUCACCGACUUGCUGGUUAUCCACGAACAUCGCGGCACACCUGUCGGGCUCAUUGUCAGCCACCUGCCCUUCGGCCCCACUGCUUACUUCACACUGUGCAAUGUGGUUAUGCGGCAUGAUGUCCCCGACCUGGGCACCGUGUCAGAGGCCAAACCUCACCUCAUCGUGCAUGGCUUCUCCUCCCACCUCGGCAAGCGGGUCUCUGACAUCCUUCGUUACCUGUUCCCUGUGCCCAAAGAUGACAGCCACCGUGUCAUCACCUUCGCAAACCAGGAUGACUACAUCUCCUUCCGGCACCACGUGUACAGGAAGACUGACCACCGUAACGUGGAGCUGACCGAGGUUGGGCCUCGCUUUGAGCUGAAGUUGUACAUGAUCCGCCUGGGCACGCUGGAACAGGAGGCCACAGCUGAUGUGGAGUGGCGCUGGCACCCCUACACCAACACUGCACACAAGAGGGUCUUUUUGAGUGCUGAGUGAGCCCACUCUUCAGUCAGGAUGUGGACUUGGACCCAGGAAGUGGGGGAGGUCAGAAUAAAGUCUCUGCCACAACCCCUUGUUUGCCUCUGAGUAGCUUGGACAGGCCCGCUGUCGGGGAGAGUGUGGAGGACUGUCCAUGGCGCCCCCUCAGGUGGGGACCUGACUCUCAGGGACACUCAGGCCUGCUGUUAACACUGUGUCUAGGACAAGGCAGCCUGGUGUGCUGGCUUGCCCCUGAGCCACCAGGAAGGGUUAGUGCUGCCCCUGAGAGAGGUGGUGCUGCUGUCAGUUGGGAAUGCAGGUCCUGUGCUGGCUCGUCAUCUGGGAGGGGGCAUGGGUGCAGUUGGCAGGGCCUGUUGUGUUUGCUGCGAACAAGCCUGAGACUUGGGACUGACUCAGAGGACGGGACCUAUUCAGUGCUCAGCAGGAUCCCUCUGCCUGCCUCAGUACACAGGCACACCUUCUUUCCAUUCACUAGGGAUACAGUGACACUUUAGGGACUACCCGCCAUACAUUCCUCCAGCUGUCUUGUCAGGGAAGGGUUUAUCUGAGGUCAUACAGGAGGGCCAGGGCUGCACAGGAGAGACUGGGGCCUUCUUGCCUCGUCACACUCAUCCACUUUGUCCUCCCUCUCUGCCCACUUCCAUUGUCUGUACCCAAGGGCCCUGGUUUUACACACAGUGGGUGCCAGGACCCUACAGGAUGCACACAAGUUGAAAAGAAAUCCACACCAGAUGGAGACAGGCCUAUGGAGAAACAAGUCAGGCAGGGCACGAGGAGCAAGGCCUCUGCAGGUGCUCUGAGAGCUACAUGAUGGCAUCGAGUAGCAGGGGCUGCCUGGCUGGCCCAGGCAAAGACCCUGCAGUAGACAGUGCUCUUAAGGGCUCCAAUGAGAGUAGGGGAGUAUGUAGUGCCCAGUGGGCUCCGCAUUCAGAGAGCACGGGAUGGGACCUAACGGGAUGGCCGUGACAUCUGGCUGCGCUAAUACUAGUCCAGUCAGGGCCUCUCCCAGCUUGCCACAGCCUCACUUCACAAAUGAAGACUAUGCCAUUAAAAUAUUUUGAAAGUCAUGAAAAUUCCAAAAUACAAAAGGAGAGUAGUAUGACACCAUGAUGAUUUGGUUUCCUGGGGCUACCAUAACAUUGCCACCAACUGAAUGGCUUAAAACAACACACUUAUUCCCAGUUCUGGAGGCCAGAUGUGGAAGAUGCAGGUGUUGGCUCCACCCCCAGCUCCUCCAUUCCGUUGCGUCUUCCAGCUUCUGGUGGCUGCUCCUUGAUGUUCCUUGGCUUUUCACUGCAUCGCUAGUCUGCCUGUGUCUUCACUUGGCUUUCCUAUACUGUCUGUCAAGUCUCCUCUGCAUGCCUCCUACAAGGACACUUUUCAUUGGAUUUAUAGCCCAUCGUAAAAUCCAGGAUGACCUUCAUUUCACAUAUGCAAAGACCUAUUUUCCCAAAUAAGCCCACAUUCACUGACUCUAGGAAUUAGGCUGUGGGCAUAUGUUGGGGGCCACCAUUCACCCAACUGCCUGUCCCCAUACUGAAGGUGGGCUGCAGUAGGUGUGGGCCUCCUGCCUUUCCUGUCCUGUUUGCUUGCACCUCAUGCCGAUGUCACAGAGCCGUGACAAGACUGCGUCUGCCGACGAGUGCCUAGGUGAGUGCCGGUUGGUUCCCCAGCACACAGCAGGCCCUUAGUCAUGUGUUUUGUUUCUUAACGUGAACAUAGACGUCUCAUGUAGAGCGGGGCUUGGUGCUGGGGACCAGCUGCUGGCCAGGGACAGACAGAAAAUAAGGUGCAAACUAUUUAUGAUGCACUUCUUGUGGCCUGCACUGUGUUAAGCAUUUGAGUUUAGGUCUUUCCAAUUCCUCAGAGAAGCCGACACCUCAGGCUCACCAGCCUUGUUGGACUUUAUGAAGGGUAAUCAGGUCCACGUGUGCUCAGCAGUUGUGUUUAGCCGUUGGGGAUGUGUGGUAUCAGAUGCUGGUGACAUUGGGGAAACGGGUCCCCUCAUACUCUUCUGGUGGAAAAACCUGUGGGUAAUGGCUUUGUGGAUGGCAGUUUGGCAUGGUGGUUUCAGCAUUUAAAAUGUGGCUCUGUUUGAGUCACCAUCCUAGGGUCACAGGGGUGCUGCUGGGCACAGCCAU